AUGGCUCACUCCUCUCACUCCCCUGGCUGGAGGGAGAUGACAAAUGGAGGGGGGCACCUCCACCUCAACAAUGGAGGCCAGCGCUACAUGCUGAAGAAGCAGCAACACCACAGACGCAAGUCCUCAUCACCAAUGGGCAGGGUGAUUCUCAUCAACGCACCUGUUGAUGGUGGGGAUGACUGUGAAGACAUUCAUACAGUGACAGUAGACAAGAGUCCAGAUGGUCGUCUGGGCUUCAGUGUCCGUGGGGGCUCUGAACAUGGACUCGGUGUAUUCGUCAGCAAGGUGGAGGAUGACAGCUCUGCAGCGCAGGCUGGGUUGACUGUGGGCGAUAAGCUGGUGGAGGUGAAUGGGGUCAGCCUGGAGAGCAUCACCAUGAGCAGUGCUGUGAAGGUCCUGACAGGCAACAACAGGCUGAGGAUGGUAGUGAGACGUGUGGGCAAAAUCCCUGGCAUCCGCUACUCCAAGGAGAAGACCACAUGGGUGGAUCUGAUUCACCGGCGGAUGGUGGUGGAGGAGAGUGGUCACAUGCCGUCAGAGGCCAGUUCAGACAGCGCUCUCCGCAGGAUCGUCCAUCUCUUCACCACAUCAGAUGACUACUGUCUGGGCUUUAACAUCAGGGGAGGCAAAGAGUUUGGACUGGGAAUUUACAUCUCCAAGUUGGACCCAGGUGGGCUUGCAGAGCAGCACGGUAUCAAAAUGGGGGAUCAAAUCCUUGCAGCCAACGGGGUCAGCUUUGAUGAUAUCACGCACAGCAAUGCAGUUGAGGUCCUAAAGAGCCACACACAUGUCAUGUUGACCAUAAGGGAAGCUGGAAGAUACCCUGCUUACAAGGAGAUGGUGGCAGAAUAUGGUUGGCUCGACAAACUGGCCAAUGGGGGCCCAGCACCAUCCUCUCUGGGUUCAGAGUCUAAUUCCUCUGCCUCCUCGUUGUCCUCCAGCACCCCUCUCAGCUCCCUCAGUGGUCUCUCCCAGGUCCUUUUCCCUCCUGUCUUUGGCUCUGAGAUGGUAGAUGUUGCCAUUUCCACAGAGGAGCGUCCCCUAUGUCCAAGCAGUACAGAGAGAACUGCUGAAACUGCCAUACAGACUGACCCCUACCCUCCAAACUACCUGGAACACCCCUCACCUAAUGUCUCAUACUCUCUGGUCAACUCAGAAACCAGUCGGACUGUAGGUGCCACAUUGCUGCUAAAGGACACAGUCAUACGUGGGAAAGGGGAGGGGCCGAGGGACAUGGUCGGAACUGGGGACAGUGGAGCAGGGGACAGUGGACGGGGACGGAUGAGGACACUGUCAUCAGGGGACCAGAAAGAAGUGGAACACUCACCUAAGACGGCAGCACUGAUGGCCCUGAGCAGACCACGGAAGCCAAUCAGACGAUCCCAGAGUCACAUCACUGUGUCAGAAGACAGACAGAAGAAGAAGAAACAGAAAGAGAAGAACACAAAAGAGGGUAAAACUGGCCUGCAGCGCUCCAAAACCCUUGUUAACCUGCUGUUUAAAAAAGACCGUAAAGACAAGAACCGCUCCAAGUCACCAUCCCAUCAUGCUGACAGAGAUAAGGAAAGGGGAUCUCGCUUCCAGCUCUUAACCUCCCCCAGAGAAUCCCAUGCAGGGGUUAAAGACAGCAGCCCGCAGCACCGACCCGAUACCCUGCAGUACGUGGAGGACAUGGCUAAGAAGCUGCUCAGCAAGGAUGAGGUGGCUGCUGUGAUGAGACACUGUCGGCGGUUUUUGUCUGACAAUGUGAUUGAGGAUUUAGUGCGCCCACUUUUGGCAAUCUUGGACCGUCCAGAAAAACUGUUACUUCUCAGAGAAAUAAGAAUGCUGAUGCCUACGACGGAGUUGGGUCGUUUUGACAGCAUGGUCAUGCCUUUUGAGCUGGAGGCGUAUGAUAUUCUCAAAAGUCGCACAGUGCGUUCUCCAGCUCUGCGCUCCCCUCGCAGUGGAACUCCUCGACGCCACCUCAUAACUCCAAUCCCAGACUACAGGGGUGGAUUCUUCCUCCAGCCGGUCCAGGACACAAUGAGGGAGCAUCAGAUGAUUGAAGAGUUGGAGAGACUGCGUUUGUCUGGCCAACAGUCAGGCCAUCUGCCUCCAUCCCGUGCCUUCACCCCCCUGCUGGAUGUACCUGUGGACGGCUACGCCUCCUCCACUGUGCGCUCACAAUCCUUGAGCCCCUCACCCAGCCACAGCUUCCUCCUCACAGAAUCCCUACAGAGCACCCAACAUGGGAGCCAACCCAGUCGCUCCCCAAACAGGAGAGAGAACGGGGCGUCGCGGUAUGAUGAGAUCUCCUUGUUAUCAGUUUCUGACCGAGGAGAUGUGGCUCCUGAACGAGGAAGAUCACCUGUGAGGAAUGGGCGUGGGAGAUCAAGGAGGGACACAAGUCCUGAGAGCACUGAUGGCAGAUGGAUCAGGCAAGAGGGCUACACUGAGGUCAGUGUACGGGUUCCUUCACAACAGCGAGCGAGAACUCCUCUAGCUGAUGUAUUUGUGUCUGUGGGUGAGAAAAGUCCCUAUACAAGUAGAGGGAGCAGUCAGCUGGUAAAUGGACAUUCACAAAAUGGUCAUGGUGUGAAAAGAACAGCAACUCUACCACCAGAGGGGUAUGAAAUCACCACUUUGUGCAUCUCCAAAGCCAAGCAGUCUCUUGGUAUUAGUAUUUCUGGAGGUAUGGAGUCUAGAGUCCAGCCCAUGAUAAAGAUUGAGAAGAUCUUCCCUGGAGGAGCUGCAUCAACAAAUGAGGCUCUGAAGGCAGGCUAUGAGCUGCUGUCAGUGGAUGGUGAGAGUCUGCAGGGAGCGACUCAUCAGCACGCUGUGGAUGUAAUUCGUCGUGCAUUCAGCAACAAGGCAAAAGACCCAAUGGUUUUUGUGGUCAAGGUCCCUAAGGUCUUAACCACCCCCACCAACCCCAGGAGACCUGCUGAGUAA